AUGUCUCCCGGCAUGUCCCUCUUCUCCGUCAAUGCCAUCAUCAUUCUCAGUCUCGAUGGCUCUCGGAUAUUCGCAAAAUACUACACCGCACCUCAUCAUGCCCCGACGCCAGCUGGCCAAACGAGCACUCCCUCCUCAAAUAGCCCUUACCCAGAUGUGAAGUCGCAGAAAGCGUUUGAGAAAGGCUUAUUGGAGAAGACGGCAAAGCAGACGGGCGAUAUCCUGCUGUACGAUGGCCGCAUCGUCACCUACAAGACCGAGUCCGAUGUCAUGAUGUAUCUGGUCUCCAGUAUCGAUGAGAACGAAAUCCUCCUCUACCAGAGUCUCUUGUGCUUGAGAGAUUCGCUCCACCUUCUUUUCAAGCAAUCUGUCGACAAGCGCACAAUUAUUGAGAACUACGACCUUGUAAGUCUGGCAAUCGACGAGAUUGUGGACGACGGCAUCAUCCUCGAGACAGACCCGACCAUUGUUGUCCAAAGAGUCAGCAAGGCGCCAACACAAGAUGUCGACCUCCGCCGCAUUGAUCCUUUCAGCGAACAGGGCGUUAACAACCUGGCGCAAUUAGGAAAGGCGAAGCUGACGGACUGGCUGCGGCAGGGGCUGUGA